AUGAACUUGCGUGGAAUUCCCAUCAAGAGACGAGGGCUACCAUCUUUUUGCUUUCUGCACCUUGGCAUCUAUCUUGCGCUCAGUAUAUGUAGCUCGCAAGCCGAGGCCUUUUGGAUUGCCAAUCUUAACAUAUCGUUUCAAUUAGGGAAUCAGACUGUGUGGGAGAUCGCGGAAAACGGGGUGUUUGCCAAAGUCUCUCCUUUGAAGAAAGUGUCUGGAGUUGUGGUGCCACCACAGGGGCCACAUCAAAAUGCCUGCAGUUCGGCAACACAUUUUAAUAAGCCAGUAAACGUGAACAGCUGGAUAGCUCUCAUCAUCAGGGGCCAAUGUUCAUUUACAAAAAAAAUAAGCAUGGCUGUAGAAAAGGGAGCUGUUGGUGUGAUCAUCUAUAAUUAUCCAGGUACAGGUAACAACGUGUUUCCCAUGCUUAACUUUGGAGCGGAAGAUACUGUAGCAGUUAUGAUCGGCAACCUGAAAGGCAUGGACCUCUUGCAUUUGAUUCAGAAUGGCAUCCAAGUGAUGGUAACAGUUGAAGUUGGAAAGCAUUAUUACCCAUGGCUAAUCCAUUAUAUGGGUACCAUUUUUGUCUUUGUCUCAGUUGCUGUGGCAUAUUGCACCUUUUACUGUGCUGCUAGGUUCCGAAGAUCAAGGAAUCCAGAACAGAGAUGCCAUCAGCUACUUGAUAUUAAAAAGGCCAUGAAUCAUCUUGAACUGCGCACAUUGACAGACGCUGACAAGGAAAUUGGGGCAAAUGGAGAGAGAUGUGCGGUGUGUUUAGAAAUGUACAAGACUAAAGAUAUAGCCCGUGUUUUGCAUUGCCGACAUCUUUUCCACAAAGACUGUGUUGAUCCUUGGCUUUUAAAACAUCAGACAUGCCCUGUGUGCAAGUGGGACAUGCUUGGAACAGUGGAAAGUGUUGCAACUGAAGCAGGACCGUUGGGUACUCCAAUAGCAAAUGACACUCCUUCCAUGAUCAGUUCUGCUAAUGAAGAAGGCUAUCAAGAAGCACAUGCAGGAAUACAAAAAGGCACAAAGGCACAAUCUGGAAGCAAAUAA